AUGGAUCCAGUGUUCAAACUUGGUGAAUUCGGUCCAGCGGUUCCGAUGGAGCUCCACAAAGUGAAUCGUUCAAGGCUAUGCGAACGACUUCGAUCUCUGUGGUCAUCUGGUGCUGCUCCAUUGUCGGAAUUGGACGGCGUGUAUGUUCUCCUACAAGGCGGGUCCGAUGUUCUUCAUGGUGGCUCAGAUGUAGAGACUGUUUUCCGCCAGGAAUCUUAUUUCCACUGGACUUUUGGAGUCCUAGAACCAGAUUGUUACGGAGCCAUUGAAGUUGCCACUCAACGUGCCAUCUUGUUUGUUUCAAAAAUUUCGGAAUCUAGCGCCAUCUACAUGGGGGAGCUUCCGUCAUUGAGUGAUAUAGUUGUGAGAUAUGGUGUAGAUGAGGCGCAUUAUACACAUGAACACGGACUCAAUACGGACAACGGCCAGUACACUUUAGAGGCAUUGUUCAAUGGGAUCGAUAAUCGCUUGAUCAAGAGUCCACUGGAGCUGGAAGUGAUACGCUACGCAGUGUCGAUGAGUUCGGCAGCGCAUCGUCAUCUUAUGCGGAAGGUGAAGCCCGGUAUGUACCAAUUCCAGGCGGAGAGCAUCUUCCGACAUUAUUGCUACUUCUAUGGCAGUAUGCGCCACGUCGCCUACACCUGCAUCGCUGCUACGGGCUGUGAUUGCGCCAUCCUUCAUUAUGGUCACGCUGGCUCCCCUAACGCCAACAGGAUCCGCGAUGGGGAUAUGUGCCUCUUCGACAUGGGUGGAGAAUACUACUGCUACUGCUCCGACAUUACUUGCUCUUUUCCUGCCAAUGGAAAGUUCACGUCCGACCAGCGGCUCAUUUACGAAACUGUUUUAGCUGCCGUCCGGGCAGUCACAAGUCGUCUUCGACCCGGUGUGAGUUGGGUUGAGAUGCACAAAUUGGCCGAACGGACAAUAUUGGAGCACCUGCAGGCGGGUGGCUUGGUGCAAGGUAGUGUAGAUGCAAUGAUGUCGGCUCAUCUCGGCGCCAUCUUCAUGCCGCACGGUCUGGGUCACCUCAUGGGCUGCGACGUUCACGAUGUGGGAGGAUACAACAAGGGUGCACCCCCAAGGUCAACAGAGCCGGGUCUGGAGAACUUGCGAACCGCGCGGCACGUCCAGCCUAACAUGGUGUUGACAGUUGAGCCGGGCUGCUACUUCAUCAAGCCGCUGAUCGAACAUGCUCGGAGCUCGCCAAACCUCAACCAAUUCUUGAUCUCCACGGCGAUCGACAGAUUCAAAGACUUUGGUGGGAUUAGGAUCGAGGAAGACGUUCUGGUGACAAACGACGGGUGCGAGAUACUCUCUGACGUCCCACGCACUGUUGAGGAAAUUGAAGACUGGAUGUCUCGAGAACAUACUGAGUAUGACACCCUCGUGUAA